UAUGCUCUUCUUAACAUUAUUGAUCUCACUUUUGUUUUAGUUCCUAUAUUUAAUUUUUUCAGAAAUACUGCAUGUUUAUCUGCAAUAGUUCGUGUCUCCUUUUUCAAAUGUUUAAGAUAAUCUUCAUUAUUUAAUUUUUUAGAAAGAGCUCCUAAAUUUUUUGUUAAGUCUACUAUUUUUUUAUUUUAAUAUUCUUCUAUAUCUCUUUAAUAUGAGAGNUCAUGUUAAUAAUCCUUGUACUGUUGAAGAAGAGAUGUCUAUUCCUCUUAAAGAAUUAAUUGAAAGACAUUGUGGAGGAGUCAGAGGAGGUUGGGAUAAUCUUAAAUGCAUUAUUCCUGGAGGUUCAUCAGUCCCUAUGUUACCAAAAGAAAUUUGUGAGACUGUUCUUAUGGAUUUUGAUGCUUUAAGAGAUGUUAGAUCUGGAUUAGGUACUGCUGCUGUUAUUGUCAUUGAUAAAUCAACAGAUAUUAUUGAUGCUAUCUUAAGAUUAAGUAAAUUCUAUAAACAUGAAUCAUGUGGUUAAUGUACACCAUGCAGAGAAGGUACUUCCUGGUUAGUUGAUUUAUUGGAAAGAAUGAAAGUAGGAAAUGCUGAUUUUGCUGAAAUUGAUUAAUUAGAAGUAAGAUAUGUAUUCAUUAUUACUAGGAAUUAACAUAUUAAAUUGAAGGUCAUACUAUUUGUGCUCUAGGAGAUGCUGCUGCUUGGCCUGUCUAAGGUUUAAUCAGAUCCUACAGAGAAGAAAUCGAAGAAAGAAUUGAAGACUAUCAUGCUAAACAUCCAGUCAAAUCUAGAUAAUUAAGAAGUCAUCCUUAAUAAUCAAGUCAUUGA